AGGGUCAAUUUAAAUCAUGCAGGUUGUAAGAAACACGGGGUUUUUGUUCCUGCGGUCCUGGAGUUGGCCCAGAACAAGGGUCAUAGCUGGGUCGCCGGCCGGGACAAUCCACACUGGCGCGCCAGAGCUGCAAGACGCGGUGGCCAAGCAGGAAGUUGAGGAGAAGGCUGCAGCUCCGAGACGCAGCCCCUUCAGCAUUUACCCUCCCAUUCCAGGAGAGGAGAGCUCUCUGAGGUGGGCAGGAAAGAAAUUCGAAGAGAUCCCGAUCGCACACAUUAAAGCAUCCUACAACAACACACAGAUCCAGGUAGUCUCUGCCGCUAACCAGCCCCUUGCCCGUGCUUCCUGUGGCACGGAGGGAUUCCGGAAUGCCAAGAAGGGCACAGGCAUCGCAGCACAGACAGCAGGCAUAGCUGCAGCCACAAAAGCUACAGCGAAGGGUGUGACUUAUGUCCGAGUUGUGGUCAAAGGCCUGGGGCCGGGACGCUUGUCUGCCAUCAAGGGACUGACCAUGGGGGGCCUGGAAGUGAUCUCAAUCACAGACAACACCCCCAUCCCACACAAUGGCUGCCGCCCCAGGAAGGCACGGAGGCUGUGAUGAGAAGGUUGACCUC